CAAAAUAGUCACAAGUGCAAUUUUCUCUCCUUAUCGUGUGGAGUUGGAUUUCGUCUCUAUAAAUUUUCUCAGAAAUCGGAACAAAUAUUGUUCCCUCCCUCGAACGUAUUGGGUGAAAAGAAUGUUCGGUCGCCAAGAAAUUGUUCCCUUGUGAUUUGUGAUUUCGAAAACGGAAGCUUAAGCGAAGGAGUAACACAGACACGAUCAAUGGAUCUUCAAAAUCAACCUCCGAAGGUUUGAAAAUUUUCUCAGUUUGAUAAUCCCUUUAUCAGGUUUUCGUUGGAUUUUUAUUGCAAUUUUUUUUUCAGAUAACAAUCCAUACUCCUGUUCGAUUUUUCGAUUGGGUGAGUUAGUUCAUGGGAAUUGAAGGUUUCUGCUUGUUUAUUGCGACUAUUUAGUGCGAAUCGAUUUCGACGAUUCUAGGGUAUUAUUCAGGGUUUUGUUAGGAGUAAUUCAACUAAUUACUUAAAGAUGCAAUGUCGAAGGGGUGAUGAUUUCUAUGUUAGAGAGUCGGAAAAUAUGGAACUACAUGCACAGGAUCGGCUUCAUCUUGAUCAUGGUCGAUAUGGUAAGCCCCGACGUGAGGCACUGGAUCGAGCUCCGCGUCUUAGGAGAAGUUUGAGCGCUCACAGAAUUGGUGGCUCCCGAGGCGAAGUGGGUUUGCUUCAUAGGGUUGAUGUCUCUGAAAGGAGGAACGGGGAUUGGCAUCUGAGAACUGGAAGGAACAAUGAAAUCGGGUCAAGUUCUCAUUCUUAUGGUCAAGCGAGGAAAAUGCCCAACUACAAGGAAGUGUUUCUGCACAAUGAUCACGGGCAGCUUUCGGAUUUGCAACAGACACAUGUUUUACCCGAGCCAAGGAAAUUUUCUGCCGACAACAAAGUGGUCAAUUAUAAGCAUGAUGUUCGGUAUAGGCAUGAUGAUUUGAGAAUUAGGAAAGAGAUGGAAAUUAUUGAAGGGAGAUGGUCAGAUGGCCGUGGACAGAGGAUGAUGGGUCAGAAACUUUUGGCUAUGGAAGAGGGCACUGCGAUGGGAUUGUAUAAUUCACAUCUUGAUAUUGGUCCCAAGUCAGUUUAUAAAGACUUCUUACCAUCUUCCCAGAGUUUGGAUGUGCGAAGUCAUGACAAUGAAAGACUUAAAUUUCAAAACCAUGUAGUUUCUGAUAAACCUCAGGUCACAGAUUCACGUGAAGUUGAAGAAAGCCAAAGGUUUAAUUCAAGGAAUAUUGGAUAUUCUGCAAGUUCAGGAUUUUAUUCUAGAGGAAAUGAGAGCUCUUUGUCAGGACCAUUGACAAGCAAGUGUUUGGAAUCUUAUCGUGAUGGCCAUUACUUUCAAAUUUCAGAUGAGUUUUCAACAAGGAGCCAUGGAGACCUUGUGGACCCUAUAGAAUUUAAUCCAUAUGGGAAAAGGACCCUUGUAGACUCAGCCAUUGAUCUUGUAAGCGGAAAAAGGAAUCUUACUCCUCAUCAACGAGGAACUAAUAGUCCUAGGAGGGAACAUGAGAGCUAUUUUUAUUCUAAACCUGAGAGAACAGUGAAUAUUUCAAAUGAAGAUCCAUGUCGAGUAAUGCAGAAAACUACUCAAACACAUGACUAUGUUGAUUACGAUGGUACAAUUGUUUCUGAUCCUGGAGACUUUUCAAGACCUAAAGUUACGAACACUAGUAUGCUGAAACUACAAAAUGCUGACGACUUAUGUGUGAACUAUAGAACUGGAAUAGCACUCGACCAUUAUUGGCUUAGAAAACAGGCAGUUUUAGAUUACCCUGAUAUAGGACCAAGCACAGAAGCAAUAAACAAUGACAAUGAAUAUGCCGGUGAGGGAUCCAUCCAUGUUGAUGUGGGGAGGAGAGUAACUCAAGAUUAUGAAAGGUCACACAUUAACCUUUCUCAGUAUUGUCAAACAUCGUAUGCAAGAUCAGAUUAUGGGUCCGAAAGAGAAGUAGGUUCAUAUUGUUUGAAAGAGAGGUUGCAUAGGUCCUCCAUGUCUAAGUGUGAUGGAGUGGCUUACAGAAAUACUGAAAGAGUGCAGAGAAUGACAGAGGGCGUUCAUACUUAUAACUUGAGGGAGGGCCAUGUGCCAAAAAGAAAGUACUUUGAGGAAGAUAUGAAUUUACUUGAUGAUAGAAUAGCUACUUCAUGUGAAGAUACACCCAGUAAGGUUGUGGAUCUUUAUGAUAAUGGUGAACAGUGGAUGGAUGAUGAAAACAGUUGCAGAUAUAUAUCCAGGAAAGAAGAAUUUGACCACAACAAAUACAAGAAGCCAAAUACAAAAUUCAAUCGUCAAAGUUUGUAUGCUUCUGCUGAUUCACAUGAAAGCUAUUUAGAUCAUGUUAAAAAAUAUAAACCUGGUCCAAAAUAUAUGAAGGGCAAUAGAAGGCAUGGUCCUUCAAGCUGGAUCAAGUCACAAAAUGUUGGUCACAGAAAUAGUUCUCACAGACCAGUUAAAAAUUGGAAAAAAACUGAAGAGAAUGAUUAUGCUUGUGUAAAUGAUGAUGACUUGUCAGAUGAUUUGGUAAUAUCUACAGAAUCUGAACCUCCUGAGGAUUCUGAAGAGUUCAAACAAUUGACUCAUGAGGCCUUUUUGAAGUGCUCAAAAAUGUUGAAUAUGAAGUCUAGUGUCCGGAAAAAGUACACGGAGCAAGGAAAUGCUGGUAGUUUAUAUUGCAUCAUAUGUCGCAGAAGCCACUCAAAGGAAUUUAUGAAUACUCAACGCCUGGUAAAGCAUGCUUAUAUGUCCCACAAGGUUGGGUUGAGGGCUCUGCAUUUAGGUCUUGCCAAAGCCAUAUGCGUUUUGAUGGGGUGGAAUAGUGUCCGUCCCCAAGACACUGUAACAUGGGUUCCUGAGGUCUUGUCCAAGGAAGAAAUUGUGGUUCAGAAGGAGGAUCUUAUUAUCUGGCCUCCUGUUAUUAUUGUCCGCAACCUUUCUCUGUCAUACAGCAGUCCUGAUAAGUGGAGAGUUGUAACAAUUAAAGCACUGGAGUCUUUCUUGAGAAGCAAAAAUCUGCUGAAGGGAAGAGUGAAAAUGAAUUUGGGGUGUCCUGCAGAUCAAAGUGUAAUGGUGUUGAAGUUCCUGCCUACCUUUUCUGGUUUGACAGAUGCAGAAAGACUCGACAAAUUUUUCUCUGAAAACAGACGUGGAAGAGAGGAUUUUGAGCUGGCAAAGUGCAAAAAGGGUGGAGUGGGAAUGGAGGGAGACAAAAUAGAAGAGGAAGUGCUUUAUGGAUACUUGGGAACUGCAGAGGAUUUGGAUGACGUUGAACUCAAUGUAAGGAAGUUGAGUAUGAUAAAGAGCAAAAAGGAAAUUUUGGAGUUGUAAGAUAUUAAUUAGUAUUUCUCAAAAAGUGUAAUCAAAACUGUUGCUUUUCCUCCUUCGAGUUAACAGGUUCAACAAUGUAACAAUUUUGAGAAUUACACCAUGGAACAAAAAAUGGUACUCCUAUAACACUUUUGUGA